AUGGGUCCCAAUGUGAAGGACAAUCCAAUGCCAAGUCAUGGUCCUUCAUCAGUGAACAAUAUAGAAGUUUGUCUCAAUGAACAACGUGUUACGAAGAUAGAGGAGAUUCGGCAGUCUUUGGUUAAAAUUCAUUCUGUUUUAUGUGCUCAUGGUCUAUUCCAACAUGACCACCAGAUAUGUGGUACAUGUUCAGUCAAUUCAAGAGGUUGUAGAAAGAUUCAAGAUGAUUUGCAAGGCGUCCUUGAUCAGGGUUUGAUUCAGAUUUCUAGACAAGGGAGUUCUCCAGAAUCACAAGAACAAGAGGUGAAUGUCAUCAUUCCUUGCUUCAACAUUCCAGAGAAAGUAGAGAUAGCUUAUCAUCCGAGGGAGCCAGUGGUGAUUUGCCCUCCGGGCCCAAUGCCUUACACUUCAGAUAAAGCGGUCCCCUACCGCUAUGCAACAACUAUUAUUGAGAACGGUAAAAAGGUCGAGAUUAAAACCUUAGCCUCAGUUACCAAUAUCGCAGCAAAUAGCCGAAUGACGCGCAGUGGCCGCGUGUUCGCUCCGCCGGUUAUCCCAAGUAGAAAUGUUGAGAAAGAUCCAGUAGUCGUGGUACCAGUGACAAGAGAAGCAGAAGGGCAAACAAGCAAUUCAACCCUUGAUAAAGAAACAGAUGAACUACUUAGAAUUAUCAAGCUCAGUGACUACAAAGUGGUAGAUCAGUUGCUACAGACACCGUCAAAAAUCUCGAUCCUGUCCUUAUUAUUGAAUUCAGCUGUCCACAGAGAAGCACUACUGAAGGUGCUUGAUCAAGCCUUUGUAGAACAGGAUAUAACAGCAGAGCAGUUCAACAAUGUUGUAGGCAGCAUCACUUCGUGCAAAGGCUUAGGCUUUUGUGAUGAAGAACUGCCAGAAGAAGGAAAGAAUCACAACUUCGCUCUCCAUAUCUCAGCCAAUUGUCAAGGGGAUUCUUUGUCUAAUAUCCUAAUUGACACCGGUUCAUCUCUGAAUGUCAUGCCCAAGUCUACCUUGGUGAAGCUAAAGUACAAAGGGGGGCAAAUGCGGCACAGUGGAAUUAUUGUGAAAGCGUUCGAUGGAUCAAGAAAAACAAUCAUUGGAGAAGUUGAUUUGCCUAUUGGUAUUGGACCACACGUAUUCCAGAUCACUUUCCAGGUUAUGGACAUAGUGCCAGCUUAUAGCUGUCUGCUCGGAAGCCCAUGGAUUCAUGAGGCGGGUGCCAUUACAUCCACGUUACACCAAAAGUUAAAGUUUGUCAAGAAUGGGCAAAUAGUGACGGUUAAUGGGGAGCAGGCUAUGCUGAUUAGCCACCUUUCAUCGUUUAGUGUGAUAGAAGUAGACGAGACGACUGUUCAAACUCCAUUUCAGGCCCUGACCAUCGAUGAUUACAAGAAAAGUGAAGGUUCAAUCGCGUCAUUCAAAGACGCCCGGCAGAUUGUCAAGACAGGUCCUACAGAAAUGUGGGGCAAGGUGAUAGAGUUGCCAGAAAACGUUAACCAUGCAGGAUUAGGCUUUGUUGAUGGAAAACAAGUGCAGACUUCAGUGGUGCGACCUUUCAAAGAUAUCUUUCACAGCGGUGGUUUAUCAACAUGGUAG